AUGGCUUCACUCUACCUCAGCCAUAACCCUAACCCUAAUCUUCUUUGUUUUACCUCCAAAGCUUCGCCUUGGUUGAGGUUUCAUCAGAAUGUUCUCAUCCGCCCAAAGACCAACCAGUUCCGGGUUCCGGUAUGCCGAGUUUCUCCCAAGUUGGUCUUCCCCAAUCUACAAGCGGACGACUUUCGUCAUCCUCUAGAUAGAGAGAUCUCUCGGCGGUUUCGAGCACUGUCAGAUCCAACUGAGUCUGAAGAGGCUUUAAAAGCUCAUUUCCUUGAAGAAGAAAGGCUCGUCGAGAAUGACGAUACUUUUAUUCUGGUCGGCCCAAGUCAGCAUUCUAAUCUAUACGAGUUGUUGGCUGAGACCUCGGAGAUUCUUAACGUCGGGAUUCCUUUACUAUAUGUUCGGACUAAUCCUAUACCAUGUGCUCGUACCGUACCCCUAAACGAUAAACCAUUUGUUGUUGUCCAUACCGGUCUUCUGGACCUUCUCACGGUACAAGAGUUGCAAGUUGUUUUCGCUCAUGAGUUGGCUCAUCUGAAAUGUGAUCAUUAUCUUGUGCUUAAAGUUAUGGAUCUGCUCGUCCAAAUCGUUAAGUUCGUACCUACUUGGUUGAUUUUUCUAAGUCCAUUGGUACACUUUUUUCGUUGGGGUCAAGCUGCAGAGCUAUCUUGUGAUCGUGCAUCGCUUCUUGUUGCACAAGACCCUAAGGUGGUCAUCUCUGCCAUAAUGAAGUUAACCGGGGGCUGCUCAUUGAUAGAUGAACCAGAUGUUGAUGCAUAUUUGGCACAAGCUCAUGCGUACGUCGGAGCUUCCCCCUCAAGCCCCACAGGGAAGCAUAGGGAUUCUCAAGCGACGCGACUUGCUCAUCCUGUGCCGAAAGUACGUGCUUAUGAGAUUGAUCUAUGGUCAAGAAGCAAAGAGUACGCAAUGCUUCUAAGCUCUGCAACAGAUUAA